AAAGCGAUUCAAGCCAAAAUCCUCAGAUUUCUCCACCUAAGGGGACCUUUCCUAUCCCUCCCACAGGCUAAAUUUCCCAUUUCCGAAGUUCCAGAAGAAAAGCUCGUGCAGGACGCAUGCGGUUCCUCUUCGUGGUCUCACCUUCCUCACCAUCGCCGGCGGCUGUACAAGAAAAUAGCGGGUGGUUAGAUGGACCACACCGAAACAUCGCAUCGCAGCAGCAACCACGCGCUGGCACCAGCUAUGCAUCAGGGCAGAUCGCACUGGUGAGUGAUAAGUUAACUUUGUGGCUUCGAAAAUUACAAGAGAUGAUCUAGAUUUAGAAUAUCGAAAAUCGUAGACGGCACACUAGAUUGGUUGCCGUCCACGGAUGUCUAAGGAAAUUUUAAAGAGCCCCAGGGCAACCCUGCCCCCCGCCGUGACCGAAGAGCGUGAGACCUGGGGCAAGAAAGUUGAUUUCCUCUUAUCUGUCAUCGGUUUCGCUGUGGAUUUGGCCAAUGUCUGGAGGUUUCCUUAUCUUUGUUACAAAAAUGGAGGGGGGGCGUUUUUGGUUCCUUACUGCAUUAUGUUGGUUAUCGGUGGCAUACCUUUAUUUUACAUGGAAUUGGCACUGGGACAAUACAAUAGAAAAGGGGCGAUAACAUGCUGGGGAAGACUUUGUCCUUUGUUCAAAGGUAUUGGAUAUGCAGUUGUGUUGAUUGCAUUUUAUGUUGAUUUUUAUUACAAUGUGAUCAUCGCCUGGGCUUUGAGAUAUUUUUUUGCUUCGUUUACUGAUUUGUUGCCAUGGACAACGUGUGAUAACUCUUGGAAUACGCCAAAUUGUAGACCUUUUGAAUUUCCUACCAAACUUUUGAACGUGACCAACAACACCGACGUCAUAGUGCAGGCAUUGCCAGAUUCAAGAUUUGCAUCAGCAGCAUCGGAGUAUUUCAAUCGUGCCAUCUUGGAACUGCACAGGAGCGAGGGUUUGCACGAUUUAGGCGCCAUAAAGUGGGAUAUAGCCUUGUGCCUUCUGGCCGUCUACGUCAUCUGCUAUUUCUCACUCUGGAAGGGCAUCUCUACGUCUGGAAAGGUGGUUUGGUUCACCGCCCUGUUUCCCUACGCCGUCCUGUUGAUCUUGCUAGGCAGGGGGAUUACCCUUCCAGGAUCCGCGGAGGGGAUAAAGUAUUACCUGAACCCCAAUUUCAACGCAAUCACAUCGGCUGAGGUUUGGGUGGAUGCAGCAACUCAAGUUUUUUUCUCAUUAGGUCCUGGAUUUGGCGUUCUCUUAGCCUACGCAUCUUACAACAAAUAUCACAACAACGUCUAUAAAGAUGCCAUACUUACCAGCGUCAUCAAUUCAGCUACUAGUUUUGUGGCAGGCUUCGUCAUAUUCUCGGUUUUGGGCUAUAUGGCCCACUCUGCAGGCAUACCAAUCCAGGAGGUAGCUACUGAAGGUCCUGGUUUGGUCUUUAUAGUUUAUCCAGCAGCCAUAGCCACUAUGCCUGGUAGCAUUUUCUGGGCUCUGAUAUUUUUCAUGAUGUUGUUGACCCUAGGCUUGGAUAGUUCAUUUGGUGGCUCAGAGGCUAUUAUUACUGCUUUGAGCGAUGAAUUUCCCAAGAUUGGAAGACACCGGGAAAUCUUCGUAGCUUGUCUUUUCUCCAUUUAUUUUUUGGUGGGUUUGGCAUCCUGUUCCCAGGGAGGUUUUUACUUUUUUCAUCUACUGGAUCGGUACGCCGCUGGUUACUCCAUGUUAUUUGCCGUUUUUUUCGAGUCUAUAGCUGUUUCCUGGAUAUAUGGGACCCAAAGGUUCUGUGACGACAUCAAAGACAUGAUUGGUUUUGCCCCAGGCAUCUACUGGAGGUUCUGUUGGAAGUUUGCGGCCCCACUUUUUCUUCUUUUCAUAAUUUUCUACGGGUUACUUGGCUAUGAACCGCUAACUUACGAAAACUAUGUCUACCCACUAUGGGCAAAUAUUCUUGGUUGGAUUCUCGCAGGAUCGUCAGUUAUGAUGAUACCACUUGUGGCUGUCAUUAAAAUCCUUUCUACUCCUGGAUCUUUUCUGCAAAGAUUGAAAAUUUUAACAACCCCUUGGCGAGACUCGCAAACUAUAACACAAAUAAACGGCAGCGUGCAAUCAGGAAGCAAUCAAUUACGUUUGACUACACCGGAAGCUCCACAUCCCACACCUGAGGAAGUGUGAGGAAAGAGAUUAACCAAAUUCCAAGAGUACUACGUGUGACGUAUGAAGAAUGUUGUAGGAUUUUUAAGUUUUAAGUUAUUAGUGUAGGUAAAAACCAACGAAAAAUGUAGAUGGCCUAUAUAUCAUUGUUUCAUUUCGAUUGAAGUAUGUAGACCUUUUCUCGUUUUUGAACGAAGAAUUUCAUAUUUCUGAGAUCUUUCCGAAAAAAGGUGUAUAUCAACAAAUUUAAAUUACAGUUUUUUAGCAGCAGACAAAGUAACAAUAAGUCUAUGUAAAGGGUACAAUGUAAAAAACGAUCAAAUAUAUAAUGAUAUUGUUUAAAUUUUAUGAUAAUAGAAGAUUUCCCUCUACUUCAGGCCUUCGAAAGUAUUGGGAAAUUUCCCUAAGAUUGUUAUAACUAUGAUAGUGAAUGUAUACCAUUAAAAAAUAUAUUUAAUCCUCUCAAAUGAGUAUUGAUGUGAUAGAAUCAACUUUGAAGGGUAUUCAAAGCUUAAAUGUAUAAAUAGACAUAGUAUUAUGUAGUUUAUAGAAUAGAAGAAUCUGUAUAUAAGAUAAACAAUUCAUCAGUAAAGUACACCAUUAUAACUUCUGUUGUUUGUAACGUACGAUGAGAUAAUAAUUUUAAUGAAUCUUCCGAAAAAUUAACAAGAAUAGGGCAGGUUAAUUUUUAGGAAAUAUUGUCAGAUACGAUUCCCAAUUCAAGCAGCCAUAUUUUGAAUGAAGUUUCAUUCAUUAUGUAAUUGGGAAUAGCAUUCGAUUUUAAAUAAAUUUUACUAAGGAAAUAAAUGACUAGGUAUAUUAGCUCUAGGAAAUUAUAAACUUGUCCCCACAGGUGCUUGAUAUAAUUGAUGUUUUAGGCUAGAUUAUAUGUGAAGUAAGAUCUAGUUAUAUUGUCGUAAAAAAUAUUUUCCACAUAACUUGUCCUAGAACUUUAUUAUAAUACUUAAAUAAGAUAUUUGUAUGGAUAUUAAACUCAGCUUCUCGACUGUGGAACAGGAUAUAAAAUAGAAAAUAUGUAUCUUAUAAUAUAAGGGUUGAUAUUUUCCCAAGCUAUUUUCUGUAAGUUUGUAGCCAGAGACAACUCUCUGUUUGUAGCCAUUAUAACCAAAGAGUAUUAAUUUGGUUGCUGAUGUUGAAAGGAUUGCUUGCAACAGCCAAUGCAAGCAGUCUAGAAUGUUUGCUCGUUGCUUUAAUAAAAAUAUUUA